CUGAUAAAUGUUUGACAUCAGAGACGUUUCCUUAUUUCGCACUUUUUAUCUGCAAGACAGUAAAGGAGAAACAUGGCUGGCAAGAAAUCAUUUUACGACAUCACAGCUAAAACGCUCACAGGCGAUGAGUUUAAGUUCUCAUCUUUAAAGGGCAAAGUGGUCCUCAUCGAGAAUGUCGCAUCUCUUUGAGGAACGACCACCAGGGAUUACACCCAGAUGAACGAGCUCCAUGAUCGCUUCUCAGAGAAAGGGCUUGUGAUUCUGGGUGUCCCCUGCAAUCAGUUUGGCUUUCAGGAAAACUGUAAAAACGAAGAGAUCCUUAUGUCGUUGAAGUACGUCCGUCCUGGGAAUGGCUUCGAACCCAAGUUCCAGCUUUUGGAAAAGGUCGAUGUGAACGGCAAAGACGCGCAUCCUCUCUUCGUUUUUCUCAAGGAGAAACUUCCGUCCCCGAGCGAUGAGCCAAUGGCCUUCAUGGGCGACCCAAAAUUCAUCGUGUGGAGUCCCGUGUGCAGAUACGACAUCGCGUGGAACUUCGAGAAGUUUCUCAUCGCGUCCGACGGAGUGCCAUUCAAACGCUACGGCAGAAGAUACCUGACCAGCAACGUCGAGGGAGACAUAAAGAAGCUUCUCAGCGUCGCAAAAUAAAAUGCUGGAUUUAGAGAUCAUGUUGCUAGUGUAUUUGCAUGUCAUACUAUUACCUGAAUUGGUCUCAACGGGUUUUAAUAGCAGGUUGUGGUCUUGUGCGUGAUGUUGCUAUGUUUGGACUUUUACUUUAUGAAGAUGCUCCUGUAAACAUGCUUGUCUGUGGGGAGGAUCUGAUGUCAUGCAAAAACUCAAACUAAGAGGUUGCAUUAAGCUCAUGUAGCACAACGUGCCUUGUGAACCAAUAAAUGUUUUCUACUGGUUUCCUUGA